AUGGGUGACUCAUUCCGGUCUCCACCCCCAGCGCGACGCCGCUCGUCAUGUGCGGGCGAGGCGCCAGGAGUGACUUCGCCCAUUCCCCCAAGGCUUCGAAAACCAACAACAAGAGGGCGGAAGAGCAGAGAGCGGGACGACCUACAAAGGGCUUACACGGAAGCCACGAGCAGAUCAACAAAGCACGAGGGCGAGCGCGAGGCAGUGGAUGACAAAAAUAGCAACUCCUUCUUCGUAAAAAGCGACGGAGAUGGUGGCGGUGUCAGCUUCAGGGAACCAGUAGGAAAGUCUAACGAUGCUGGCACUGUUGCAUUAGAAAAACGCCGCGCUGAGGCAGAGACAGCGGCUGCUUCUUCGUCUGACAUUGAUGCGAGUGAUUUGAAGCCUCUACCGCGAAUUCUAGAAGAUGCCCUACUUCACGGCGCAGAUCACCGCGGCGAGGUGACGCGUAAUGUGAUCCAAUGGAGUGCGCCGCGUCGUCGUGUUAGUGGCUUCCUCUCUUCUCCUGUGGGCGAGGUCUUCACACCCAUUAAGACCUGCAAGCUUCAUAUUUGUGGACUAGUAUACAACUUGACUCGUAAUUAAAUAAUCUCAAAAAAGAGCGCUCAAAUAUGUAAGACAAAUUCAAAUAUGAACUGUUUCAACCUUUAAACCCAGUCGGUUGGAUUUUGCGGGAGUUCACCGGGAGGACUGGGGAAGAGCUGUCUCAAGCGAGGCCAGGAAGCAAAAACUACUAGGAGAGCAGCAGCAGAAGCCUGAAGGUGUAGCUUUAGAGUUACAUCGUCAGGAACACGGCGCAGGAGCUGAGAAUAGGAGUCCCAAACUAGAAAAAGAAGACCCACGGAGGCAGAGUGCCGAAGGAGAACUAGCUGGACUGCAUCAGCGUAAAGCCGUAAAGGAAGAUCCGAUCAUGAAGCAGGACACAAAAAUAGACGAGAAGCAUCAGCAAGUCGAAGGAGCUGAGAUCGUGGAGGAGCCACCCAAAAAAAAGAGGAAGAAGGGUCGCAGUGCAGCAGAUGAUCACUCGUCUCAACGGCAACAAUCUCAAAGAGAAGUUCGGCCAUUAGGAUUUCUCGAGAAGCAAGCCUCAGGAGAAGAAGGCUACGAAGGUGUAAAGCAGGUGCAUGACGAUGGC